AGGAUUGAGGAUAUUCGGUUCACCGUCGGGGCUGUACGUGUCAGCUCCAACAUGGCGGAAGAGAGAGACGAUGUAAGCCGGCUUGACGUGGCCGUGGACGAACUGUCGCUCGCGGAGAAGGAGAACGGUUCUCCCGAGGGGGAAGAGGUGACUGCGAACGGAGGCGAAGACGGUGGUUUAUUUGAGGAGAAGUGGGGUUUCCCGACAGAGGAACUGUACAAGCUCGCUCUUACAUUUUUCAAAGAAAAAGAAGGCAAGGCAGUCCACCUGACGUAUGGAGACAAGCUGAAGCUAGUGGCCUACACCAAGCAGGUACAAGUGGGGCCGUAUGACGCCGAAAAAAUGCCUCCAGUUGGUUACUUCGACGUCAUUGGUAACGAUCGCAGGAAAGAAUGGCAGGCCCUAGGAGACAUGGAGAGGCACCGGGCCAUGUGUGAGUUCUGUCUGCUGCUGGACAACCUCUGUCCAACAUUCCAGCCCUACGUGGAGGCUCACAGAAGGGACUUGGAGGAGAAAGAGAGGCUCAAGCGAGAGGAAGAAGAACGACUACAGCGCGAGGCGGAGGAGAGAGAACGCCAGCGUCUCGAAGAAGAAGCUCGGAAGAUGCAAGAAGACGAGAGAAUACGACAAGAACAACAGAAAUUAGCCAUCAUGAAUGUACUGAACCAGCAGACAGCAGCACAGUUCCAGCAGUAUGCAGCACAACAGUUCCCGGGGAACCCUGAGCAGCAACAGUUAUUGAUACGGCAGCUGCAGGAGGAGCACUAUCAGCAGUACAUGCAGCAGGUGUACCAACAGCAGAUGCAGCAGCUGCAACAACAGCACCUGCAACAACAACAACAACAGGCCCCGCCCCUCAACAAUCACGUGGACGUGGAGGCAGGUCAGGGGUCAGCCGCGGCGCCGACGCUCGACUCUACAGGUGACGGCGAAGAAAAGAUAGUAGAAAAUGGGCCGGAAGAGGAGUACCCCAGCAUCGCGGCCCCCUCCAUGUGGACCAGGCCACAGAUCCAGGAGUUCAAGGAGCAGAUCAGGAAGGACAAGGACUCGGUCAUCACGGUGGGGCGGGGGGAGGUGGUCACCGUCAGGGUCCCCACCCACGAGGACGGUGCCUACCUGUUCUGGGAGUUUGCCACGGACAGUUAUGACAUUGGGUUCGGGGUGUACUUUGAGUGGACGAUAGCGCCCAGUAACGCGGUGAGCGUGCACGUGAGCGAGUCCAGUGACGAGGAUGAUGAGGAAGAGGAUGUGGAGGGCGAAGGCGAGGAAGGCCAGGAUGUAGAGAAAGGUGCACGUAGCGACCGGCCGCCGACGGACGAGAUUGUGCCUAUCUAUCGCAGAGACUGUCACGUGGAGGUGUACGCUGGUAGCCACAUGUACCCCGGGAGGGGGGUGUACCUCCUGAAAUUCGACAACUCUUACUCUUUAUGGCGAUCAAAAACAUUGUACUAUAGAGUUUACUACACUAGAUGAGUUAGUAGCCUAUAUUGGGUUUAUUACAGAAUACAAAUAUGAUUCUAAAAGAAAUUACAUUAUUACUUGCUAAUGAAGUUGAUCUUGUACAUUGUAUAGGUGUGAAUUGGAAGGUCAGGUGGAAUUAUUGUUUAGGUUAUGCUUUUCUUCUUUUGUGAACUAUGGCAGCAAAGAGUAUGGUAAUGUCACAUUUAAGCCCAAAGUUUGGCUUUCUAAGUUAGGGAACUGUUAGUACAUUUUCAUUUGUUUUGUCUUCAAUCUAUCUAUCUUAAUCAUGAGAUAAUGGGCAUCCUUGUUGUAACAUGGCCUAAGACAAGUGCUUUCCUACUGAGGUUUGUAUAUAGAGUAUUGCAGAUAUAUUGCUGUCGGAAAUGGCACGAUUUUCUACCUGCAGCGUCAUUUGUUGACCAUCUUUGCUAGCAACCCCUAGCCUGGUGUGGGCAGUACUUUAAAAGCUUGUCACUAACAUUUCCUGAUUACAUGUAGUCAAAACAGUAUGAGCAUACUAGACAUGUACAAAAUAUACUCCUGAAGACUCGGUCUGGGAGGGUAGUGAUUCGACUUCUGUGUUAGAGUCAUCAUGCAGGCCUGCAGCUUACCUACAUCAGGUGCAUGACAUCCUCCUACGUAGGGACAUCCAACGGCGAGACCGCCUGUCAGUGUCUGGAUGUAACCUGCUCUUUCAACCGUCACUCUUAGUUCCUGACGGCCCUAUAAAUAUUGAUAAGCUUAGCCUUAUAUAUGCGAGAUCUACCUAUACAUUCUCUUACACAGGGACAUCCAACGGCGAAACCGCCUGUCUGGAUGUAACCUGCUCUUUCAACAGUCACUCUUAGUUCUUGUUGACGUCCCCCCCCCCCCCAACCGGCUGACAGCCAAUCAGAGAAUAGGCCUAUUAGUUUUCAAAAAGGGUCUCGCAUAUAUAAGGGCAAGCUCAUUAAUAUUUAUAAGCAGGGCAGUCAGGAUCUAAGGGUGACAGUUGAGAAAGCAGAGUACAUCCAGACAGGCGGUUUCGCCGUUGGAUGUCCCUGCGUAGGAGGAUGGUGCAUGAGAGCUCGCGGCGCAGUGCAAGGGCGACGAGAGGUACCUGCACUGGAACGUCACUGGAACUUUAACUGUGCUGGAGUGCAAUUGGCCAGUCUACACUCAUCAUGGCCAGUGAGAGUCCACCAUGGCCACGUUUGAGACACAGUGCGUUUGAUGACGGGGCGGCAAACCUUUCAGACCCACAGCGAACGAAAUAGAGGCAUACUGGGACCUUUUCAAGCUGAAGGUCAAAACAUCGACCAGUUGUUUGACCAUGCGCACAUAAUCUUGAAGAGAAGCUGUCAAGCUUCCACUUCUUAGAAUCAUGCAAAUUAUUACGCAUGUAGCUUUGUGCUGCACAUACUUCAGAUUAGAAGUGUCUGUUGUUCAUGCAAUUACUAAUCUUAUGAUUGCUUGUAGUCAGGAACUGUAUUUUAGUGUCAUUUGGUAGUGUCAAAGUGUAAGCACUUUAAGACUGUUUUUUUUGGUAUCACAAUAAGAGAAAAAGUCUGGUUGUUUGGCUUUUACAUGAAGUAUUGUGCCCACAGUUUGUCCCAGUGCAAGUGUCUUUCCCAGAUGAAAAUGUAGAUAGCAGUAUUAAGGGUUUAAACUCAUGAAGCCAUGACAUAUCUGAUGUAUUUGUUCAUAGUAGUUAUGGGCAGACCUUUGAUAGUUUGAAUAGACUCUGACAAAUCUACAGAGCUUGGAUAAGUAUUUUGAAUGAAAACUACUCUGUGUUGGUACAUGUAGAAUCCAUAGUUUUUAUGUAUUACGUUAAGCUCCGUUUCAACAAAAAGAAAACACAAUACAUUUUCUUGCCGACCUUCAUCAGAUGUCUGACUCACUGCCCUGACUCCCAUGAAACCGGAAGUAUGAUGACAUCAGGAGUGAAUCAAAGGUGGCAGGACAACUAUUUUGUAAUGGGGCCCAUCACCCCUCUCUGAACAGUUAUGGUGGUAGCUUCCACUUUUGAUUCAUUCCUGAUGUCAUCAAGUUUCCAGAACGCUAGUGCAGUUAUGAUAAUCAGACAUCUGGUGAGAUCAACUGAAAGUCUAUGUUUCCUUUGUGUUGGGACAAUGCUCAAAUUGUACAACUAAAGAGUUAUCUUUGACUGUUAUACAAGUGCACCACAACUACUGAUUACUGUGCAAUGUACUGUGUGGCCUCCACUUGGGUUAUGUGAUAUCAUUUCCACAAGGAAAGAAAGCAUUUUCUGCUUGAGAAGUUUUGAAACUUUCAACAUCUUAAAGAUGUUUUCGCCACACUGAUAGGUAAAUAUAGUACAAUAAAGACCACAAUUUAUACUUGAAAA